UUUUUUUUUUUAUUUUUUUGCAUUAUCAUUUUCAUGUUUGAUAUCUAAACUCCAGCCAUGUCAUCACGGAAAACUGUUCCUGGGAAAGGUAUUACUACAAAUGGGUAUCAUAAUGAUCUCGAUUACGAGAAUGGUGAAAUAACUCAGGAAGUCACUCCACCCCCAGAUAAUUUUGGUCAUAUCAAAUCUUGUCAACAUAUCAAAUCAGUCUUGGACUCAAAGGCCCAUGAUAACGUUUUGAUAACUUAUAAGCAAGCAGUUAACAUAACCGUUACUAAUAAUAAGAACUAUAGUAACAAGAAAUUCACAAUGAAGAAGGACGGUUCCUCAAUAUUAUCUAAUAAGCUACAAGAUUUGAAAUUGAAGUCAUUAAAAUGUACUGAUUGCUCACUCAAUAAUUUUUAUAAUAACUUUAUUUGCUUACAGUGUCCUCAUGUUGGAUGCUUUCAUAAUUCCAAUCAUGCUUAUAACCACUACAAGUUGAAUCAACAUUUAUUUGCUAUUGAUUCAUAUAAUGGAUUACUAUAUUGUUUUUCGUGUGGAGAUUAUGUUAAUAAUUCAAAAUUAGAAAAAAUUCGGUUAAAAAUUUUAACUAACGAUGAUUCAGUUGAAAAAUUCAAUAAAAUUGAAAGUAAUAAUGAUAAUAAUGAAGAAUAUUUAUUACCUUCCAAACAAGCAAUGAAUGGAUUAAAAGGAUUCAUAAAUCUCGGAUCAACUUGUUUUAUGAGCUGUAUUUUACAAAGCUUCAUUCAUAAUCCAAUUUUAAAAUAUCAAUUUUUCAAUAAUGAUUAUCAUUUUCUUAAUUGUGAUAGUAAUCAUGAUUAUAUGAAUGGGUUAAUUGACGAAAAUAAUGCAUGCAUAACUUGCAGUAUUGAUAACAUUUUUAAAGGUUUUUUCACCGCAAAUAAUCCUGAAGGUUUUGGUAUGACUAAUUUAUUAAUGACUGCUUGGUUCAAAAAAAAAUCAUUAGCAGGAUUUCAAGAACAAGAUGCUCAUGAAUUUUGGCAAUUUCUUUUAAAUGAAUUUCAUCUGGACUAUGAACGAAUUAAUAAGAAAUUAAAUGCCAAUCAUUUAGUCGAUGAUGAUUUUAAUUGCAAAUGUAUUACUCAUACUACAUUUUCUGGUCAAUUAAAUAGUUCAAUUAAAUGUUUGAAUUGUGAUUCAAUCACCGAAACUAUUGAUCCUUUAAUUGAUUUAUCUUUAGAAAUGAAUCAUUUGAAUCAUUUAACAAAUCCAACUUUGUACGAUUGUCUUGAUUUAUUCACAAAAGAUGAAAAAUUAGACGUUAUGUAUACUUGCCAACAUUGUGAAACCAAAUCAAAAGCAAUAAAAUCUUUGAAAAUUAAAAAAUUACCUCCAGUUUUAUCAAUUCAAUUGAAAAGAUUUGAACAUAAUUUAUAUAAUGACGUUUCUUCUAAAAUUGAAACUCCAGUUAAAACUCCAUUAUUCUUAAAUUUAACAAAAUAUACUUCUGACGUUUCUGAUGAUGAAAUUGAUCAAAACAAAGUCUAUGAAUUAUUUACGGUUGUUUCUCAUAUCGGUAGCGUAAAUACUGGUCAUUAUAUAGUAAUGAUCAAAAAUGGUGAUGGUAAAUGGUUCAGAUUUGAUGACAGUGUCAUAUCAAUUGUUUCUCAAGAUGAAGUAAUGAAUACAAAUGCAUACCUCUUAUUUUAUAUAACUCAUAGAAUAUAA